AUGGCCGACUCCAACAGCAGCGGUGGUCGCAGGCCGACUUACCCUGCCGGAACGAUCGCUAAAGUGGCUACCGACAUCCUGAACGAAACAUUCCAAAACAUCAUUCACGACCUUGUCGCCAAAGUUCACCGCGAAGAGAAGGUGGCGCGCAUGCGGUCUGCAGUUGUUCUUGCCCGACAGAAGGCGGAGGAAGAUGCAAUCAUGCCGGAGGAGGCCCCCAGCAAAACAUCGACUGAUACAAAGAGAGAAAUUGUUCUCGAUACCAAGAAACUUGCGGGUAUGCGCGUGGAGACGGAUGCAGCCGUUUACAACCGCGGAAAGGUCUUCCUCAAAGGAAAUCCGAUGAAAACCGUGAAGGAGCUUGUAUGCCCAGAUUGUCGCCUCCCAAAGCUUAUGUACCCGACCACCGGGAAAAAGAAGGGUGACCGAGACAGCACCAUUCCCGAAAUUCCAACUACCAAAUGCCCAAUCUGUCCACGCUACUUUGUCAUGACUCGUCUCGCUCAACAUCUUGAACGCUGCGUCUGCGGUGGCCGCGGUGGCCGCGAUGGGGGCCGCAAUAAGACCCCCACUGACAGCGCUAGCAAUGGCAAUAGUCCCAGUUCAUCGGCGCCCAAGCGCCCUUACGCAGACGACGACGAAGAAAGCCCCAGCCCUACCAAGAAGAAGAAGCUGAAUGGACCCAAGAAGGGCUCCACCGCAAAGCCCGGGCCAAGUAAGCUCAAGCAAUCAUUCACGGUUGAGGACAACGACGACGACAUCAAGAGCGAGAACGCCGACUGA